CGCGGACCGGGGGGCGUCCCCUUGCGCCCGGGCCACGCGCUGGCGCCCCCCGGGCCGCCGCCCGGCACGGGGGCCAUGGCGUUCACCUUCGCCGCGUUCUGCUACAUGCUCACCCUGGUGCUGUGCGCCUCCCUCAUCUUCUUUGUCAUCUGGCACAUCAUAGCCUUUGACGAGCUGCGGACCGACUUCAAGAACCCCAUCGACCAGGGGAACCCAGCGCGGGCACGCGAGCGUUUAAAAAACAUCGAACGCAUCUGCUGCCUCCUGAGGAAGCUGGUGGUCCCAGAAUACUCCAUCCACGGCCUCUUCUGUCUGAUGUUUCUGUGUGCAGCAGAGUGGGUGACCCUGGGCCUCAACAUCCCCCUCCUCUUCUACCACCUCUGGAGGUACUUCCAUCGCCCUGCGGAUGGCUCUGAGGUCAUGUAUGAUGCGGUCUCCAUCAUGAAUGCUGACAUCCUCAACUACUGCCAGAAGGAGUCCUGGUGCAAACUCGCCUUCUACCUGCUCUCCUUCUUCUAUUACCUGUACAGUAUGGUUUAUACGUUGGUGAGUUUCUAAGGGGGAAGCCGGCCAGGGAGCAAGCCCAGAAUGGACCGGACGCCUGUGCACCCCCAGCCCUGCCCCUCGGCCACAGAGGCCUCAGCCCUGGGGAGGGAGGGGGCACUGGUGCCCCCGGCCUCCUCUCCACCCCUCCAAACUGCUGCUGCGGGACCUCCCGCCUUCAGAGCCCCCUCCCCUUGGACUAGGGCUGGGCAGAGCUCUAAAUAGGGGUAGGGGCUCCUCUGUCAGCCUGCAGGCAUGGCAGUCAGUCUUGGAAGGGGCAGAACCUCCAGCCUUGUCCACUUUGGGUGGGGGGACAGACAUGGACCCUGCCAAAGCGGCAGGGCUUGACCCUGGAAGUUCUGGGCCGCCCCCCCCCUGCACCCUCACCCUGAGGCACCCCCUGCAGGUGGGGGGGUACCCGCACCGGGAAUGAGCAGGCUCAGCAGGGGGGGCAGCCCACCCCUAGUCUGCCCUCUCCCCUCCCCCAGGCUGUCACUCUAGACCUCUCCCUUCCCCAUCCCCACUUGCCCCAACCCCAGCCUGUCCUGUCUCUUGGACCUAUUUUCUAUGUUGCCUGGAGGAGUCCGGCACCCCUUCCCCGGCCAUUUGUGACAAAAUAUGAAUAAACUACUGCAAACACGUGGGCCCCA